UCUGUCUCUUCUCUCUUUCUCUCUUGCCUCUCUUCAUUCAACAAUGUAGUAGUUGCUGCAGUAGACAACUAGUACUAGUACCAUUCUCUCUGCCCUUUUUUCAUUCCAUAAAUAACAGUGAAAAAACCAGCAAGAAAAAAAAAGGUUCCUUCAAGCCAUCGUCAAUGGAAUUCGAGUUCAAUCUUGAAAACCCUUUACCAAUUUCUCAAGAACUGCUCAAAGAAGACUCAACUGUGACUUCCCUAUUUAACAUUGAAGCUGAUCACAUGCCUUCAGAAACUUACAGUCAGAGUCUAAAACAUUUAAGCCUUCAGUAUAAUGUUAGAGAGAAAAUUGUCUCUUUAAUCUUCAACUUUUCUCAGAACUUUGAUCCGUUAUUAUCUUAUCUUGCCAUCAAUUAUCUUGAUCGGUUCCUCUCUAGCCAACCAUUAUCGGAAGAGAAGCCAUGGAUCUUGGGACUUGUCGCAGUUUCUUGUGUUUCAUUAGCUAUGAAGAUGAGAAAAACAGAGUCCUCUGUCUCCGAUAUUCAGCAUGAUGGUGGGUUUAUAUUUGAUGCACAAACAAUUGAAAGAAUGGAGUUGUUCAUUCUUGGAGCUCUUAAAUGGCGAAUGAGGUCCAUCACACCAUUCUGUUUCAUCAACUGCUUCAUCUCUUUGUUCAAAUUCAAAGACCUUCCAUCAACUCAAGCCCUCAAAUCUAGAGCUACUAAAAUCAUCCUCAAAGCUCAAAAUGAAAUCAAGUUGUGGGAAUUCAAGCCAUCAGUAAUAUCAGCCUCAGCACUUCUCUCUGCUUCUCAUGAAUUAUUCCCUCUGCAGUUUCCCUGUUUUAGGAAUGCAAUCUCAAGCUGUUCAUAUGUAAAUAAGGAAAAUCUUUUAAACUGUUAUAAAAUGAUGCAAGAAAUGGCAAUGGAAGAUUAUGAGUCAGUUUUGGACAUGGUAUCCAGCUCAAACACACCAGCCAAUGUGCUGGAUUUGCACUGCUCGAGCUCAUCAAGCUCAGACAUCGAGCAGACCAACCCUAGUGAGGCCACAUUUAGGCUUGAGAAAGUCCCGAAACGUCGAAAGAUUGGUGGGUUCAAAAGCCAAAAUGAAUAUAAUGAGAAGCUUUCCCAGAGGCAAAAGUGCUAGCAAGAAUUAAUAUUUCAAGCUCUAUUAUCAGCUACUUCUACAAUAUAAGAUUUGAUGCGAGAUUUGGAAGACUAAAAGCCCUAUAAAUUUAUGACCCUGAAAACAUAGCAGAAGGGCAGCACUGGUCCAUUGGAGAGUGACUGUAUCUUUUGCAUCAAAGAACUAAACAUGAAAAAAGUUGAGGCAGAGUCCACUUGAGCUAGCAAGCAUUGACUACUACCGGUUUGAUAGUGAUGGAAAUGAAUUGGAAUUCUUUUAAAUGGAUGAGGAGUUGAAAAAUUGGUUAAGAGUGAGUAGACCGAUGACUGAUGAGAUGAUAAAUCAUUGUAUUGAUUUGGUCUUCUUGGUUGGUUUGGUUGGUGACUUUUACUGCUGCUGCUAUCACUAUUGGGGUGGGGUGGGGGGUUAAAAACAAAGGAAAGAAAAGAUUAGGAGAGAGAUAACAAAAAGAAUUUUUAUUCCUUUCUGUUUACGGAGAUGAGGAACAAAGACAAAAUGUGGCUUUGAGUGCAUGUAGGGUUGAAUCUUGCAUGCCUUUGUCUUUUUCUUUCUCUUUGUUUGCUGCCUGUUGAUGGUUCUAUGUCUUUUUUAUCAUGUCUUGAAGGAAGAAUAAUAAUCACAUAUAGGUACAAUAAAGAUCUUUAUUCUGGCAUGGAAGAUAGGCUAUUUAUAUGAGUUCCUUUACCCUUUUAGAUCUUAUAGUAUAUGUAAAAUUUGAUUUUUUUUUUUAUGACUUGUAAUUUUGCAGUUCAGUUAUGGA